UAGAAGCGACGGCUCUCACGGUAGUCGGCACUUCGGCAGUGCAGUUCUACUUUCAAACAUACAUUAGAGUGAUUCGUAUUAAGUCGAAUUUUACUGUGUAAAAUUAUAAACUUUAAUUAUUUACUGAAUAACUGAAUGAGUGGUAAUUGGUUAAAUAAGUUAUGCCGUAAAAUGUUUGUGUUUUCAAAAUCAGGCAUUUUUUUAUUUUGCAAGACUUACCUGUGAAUUAGUUCGUUGUGACUGAUACACUGUUCUAAUUUUAUUUAGUUUAAAAAGUGAAAACUGAUAAAACAUCAGAAGUAAAAAAGUGUAUGCAUAAUACUGAAACAAAUACAUUUUCCACCCCGCUAAGGACACUAUCUGACUAUUAAGUAUAUUCGUAAUAGAAACUCAUGUAGUUGGUAACCACUGGGUACAUUUUCGACGCGGUCUCGACACUAUAAAGGAAGCGCAAUGAAUACUCCUUGCUUUAGUGGGGGCUCCGACAGGCUUAUUCACGAAGCCGAUCAACUAAUAUCGUAUAUCGAAAGAGGCUCCACAGUGCAAAAGUUUUAUCCUCGUAAGCGUCCCGAGCGUCGCAUGUUGUCUGUGCGCCGUGAAACCCACCAAGUGAUCUGGUUCAGACAAGGAACCCUGACCCGGAACGCUUUCGAAGGUUCCAUAGACAUUCGAGAUAUUAAAGAAGUGAGGAUUGGUAAAGCAUCAAAAGAUUUUGAGAAAUGGCCUGAGGAGACAAAGCGACUGGAGAACUCUAAAUGUUUCACUAUUUACUAUGGCACAGAAUUUAAACUGCGCUUGUCAUCAUUUGCAGCCCAAACCGAUAAGGAAUGCGAAGCUUGGAAACAAGGCUUAAGGUUUCUCAUUGAAGAAGCCAUUAAUGCUUCAUACCCUUUACAACUAGAGAGGUGGCUGAGAAAAGAAUUUUAUGCCAUUGAAAACCACAAUGAGAAAGUAACACUGAAGGAUGUCAAAGGAUUUUUACCAAAAAUCAAUUGUAAAAUUGCAACGAGUAGAUUAAGGGAUCUGUUUCAAGAGAUUGAUAACAACAGGAGAGGGGAAAUUGGCUUUGAUGACUUCUCUUCCCUCUACCACAGACUUAUCUUUGAUGAAAAUAACAUUCAAGAUAUAUUUGACACGUACAACCUCUACUGUGUCAAUGGUACAUCGGUAUUGUUGCGCGAUUUCCAAAAGUUUCUACUAGCCGAGCAGAACGAUCGCCUCGGUGAAGAUGAGGUUCGCUCCUCACAGUUCAUUAGGGACUACUUGAGAGACCCGCAGAGAGAUAUAUACGAGCCCUACUUCAAGCUGAACGAGUUUGUCGAAAUGUUGUUUUCUAAACAAAAUUCAAUAUGGGACAGCAAAAAUGAUUACGUAACUCAGGAUAUGACGAGGCCCCUAUCCCAUUACUGGAUCGCAUCCUCGCACAACACGUACCUCACCGGCGAUCAGUUUUCAAGCGAAUCGUCACUAGAAGCGUAUGUGAGGAGUCUGCGGGCCGGCUGUCGGUGUAUCGAGCUAGACUGCUGGGACGGCCCAGAUGGAACCCCCUUUAUUUAUCACGGGCACACGCUUACCACUAAAAUUAAAUUCAUGGACGUUCUACGUACAAUUAAGGAACACGCAUUCGUAACAUCAGACUAUCCUGUCAUACUGUCGAUAGAAGACAACUGUUCUCUUCCGCAACAGCGGCGCAUGGCGGGCGCCUUCCAAGACGUUUUUGGAGAAAUGCUUUUGGUUCAGCCAGUAGAGAAAAAUGAAACGAAGUUGCCUUCGCCGCACGAUUUGCGUAGAAAGAUCAUUUUAAAACACAAGAAGCUUCCAGAGGGUGCCGAGGAAACUUCGUUCGCAUUCCGUCAAGAAGAGGGCAGGGAUUUAGAUCUCCGUAACACUAUAAAAAAUGGAAUCCUUCUCUUGGAAGAUCCCGUAGACAAGGAAUGGCAUCCGCAUGCCUUUGUGCUCAGUGAUAACAAGAUGUACUACAUGGAAAAUUACACUAGCCACGAUGAAACAGACCUCGACAGCGACGGGGAACCGGACUUAGAGAUAACUGCCGUGUCUCAAAACGAGUUGCACUUCGCUGAGUGCUGGUUCCACGGGAAGUUGGCCGGUAACAGACAAGAGGCGGAGGAGCUCCUGCGGGUCCAUGCGCAUCUCGGAGACGGCACGUUCCUGGUACGCGAAAGUGUCACUUUUGUCGGUGACUAUUGUCUCUCAUUUUGGAGACAAGACAAGGUUAACCACUGUCGGAUCAAGUUGAAGCAAGAACGAGGUGUCACAAAGUACUACCUUAUUGACUCAGUUUGUUUCGACAGUUUGUAUAGUCUCAUUACGCAUUACCGUCAGCAUCCCCUGAGGAGUCAGGAAUUCCUGAUAACAUUGAAGAAGCCGGUGCCUCAGCCCAAAAAGCACGAGGGCAAGGUGUGGUGGCAGCCGAACUGCUCCCGUGCUCACGCCGAGGAGCUGUUGCGGAAGACGAACAUCGACGGUGCCUUCCUCUUGCGGCCCAGCGAAAGGGAGCCCGGCUUCUAUGCGAUCAGCUUCAGAACGGAAAAGGAGAUAAAGCAUUGCCGCGUUAAGCAAGACGGCCGGCUGUUCACGAUCGGCACAUACAACUUCGAGAAUCUCGUAGACCUCGUCUCCUACUACGAGAAACAUCCUCUCUAUAAGAAAGUGAAGCUGUGGUACCCGAUCAACGACGACAUCGUGAGGAGAAAUAUGACGGAACCAGACGACAGCUCGGUGUACGGAACACCUGGUUACAUGGAUCCUGCAUCAUUUAUUUCCAAGGUGACGGUGAAGGCGCUGUACGACUACCGAGCGCAGCAGGAGGACGAGCUGUCGUUCUGCAAGCACGCCAUCAUCACUAACGUGGACAAACCCGACGAGGGCUGGUGGCGCGGCGACUACGGCGGGAAGAGGCAGCACUGGUUCCCCGCCAACUACGUGGAGGUGAUCGAGCCGUCGCACGUGCCGGACAUGACCAAUAUCGACAGCGAGACAGCAGCUCUCGGAGCUUUACAGAAAGGUGUAGUAGACGUUCUCGGCGCCGUGGUGGAGCUCGUAGUCGGCGAACAGAGCGGUUCCGCUCGUUGGAUUGUACGUAUACAGAGCCCGGCUCUGUGCGCGCCCUUCGACAUGGCGGCGCCCACCCGAGAAAACGCGUUGGAGUGGAUGUCCGCGAUCAAGGAGGCCGCUCAAAGCGCCAGCGCCAGGUCCCUGAUCAACAAAAAGAUGGAACGGACUUGGCGGAUCGCAAAAGAAAUGUCCGAUCUUAUCAUCUAUUGCCGCUCGGUGACUUUCAACGCCGAAAGACUUCGGAACGGAUUCGUCUAUUACGAGAUGUCGUCCUUCCCGGAGAGCAAGGCCGAGCGACUGAUGUGCCAACAGGACACCAGCUUCUUCACGAAGUACCACGCGGUGCAGCUCAGUCGGAUCUACCCGAAAGGGCAAAGAAUCGACUCGUCGAAUUACAACCCGAUACCUUUCUGGAACGUGGGCUCGCAGAUGGUGGCGCUCAACUAUCAAACGUCCGACAAGUCCAUGCAGGUCAACAUGGGUAAAUUUAAGGAGAACGGAAACUGCGGGUACGUCCUGAAACCCGAGUUUAUGUUCGACGAGGGCUACAAUCCGUACGACAAGGGCAGCAUCACAAAGAGAGCCACCCCGAUUAAGGUGAUGCUGCGGGUGAUCGGUGCGAGGCAUCUCUGCAAGACCGGCCGCGGGACGGCCUGCCCCUUCGUCGAGGUGGAGAUCAUCGGUGCAGACUACGACAGCGGCAUUAAACUGACCACGAGAACCAUCAAUGACAACGGAAUCAAUCCCGUAUGGAAUACGAUAUGCGAGUUCGAAGUGGCCAAUCCGGACCUCGCCCUCAUAAGGUUCUUGGUCCAAGACGAGGAUAUGUUCGGAGACCCAAAUUUCAUCGGCCAGGCCACCUUCCCAUUCCGCGGCAUCCGUUCCGGCUACAGGAGCGUCAUCCUCAACAACGCCCACUCGGAGGAGCUGGAGCUGUCGUCUCUCCUCGUCCACGUAUCCUUUAAAGAAAACUAAAUACAUCAAGCAUGAAGGCAGGUUUCCGGUCUGUUUUGUAACAUAAGCGUUCGUUUUGUUCUGUUAUUGGUGGGGAGCGUGGUGCUGGAAGAGUGAGCCAUUGGCGCAGUCGACAGUUGUAUCAAAAUUUCUAUGAGCUUCAUCGUAAUUAGUGAGAAUUAUUAUAAUGUGAUGUAAUAUUUAUUUGUAUACAGAUCUGAUACGCACAAAAAAGCUUAUAAUAAGUGUAAACAAACGAAUUUAAUGAAUAAAUCCCGGCAGACUGAGUCUCUUUGUUCGUCUGGUUGUAUUGUUUGUAAGGGACGUGCAAAGAUAUAUUUUGAUUCAGUCGGAUGUUAUGUACACGUGCCGCGGAACUGAGAUGCCUCACUUAGCUUUAUAUUUUGAGUGAAUUCUGCGAAUGAACUCACUCGCAGGCAACUACUAUUAAAUAAGUAUAUUAUAUUGUAUUCUUUAAAAUAAUUUUAUAUAAUUAUAUAAUUUUUGAUAUAUUUAAAACACUUUAAAGGUGACUUCUCUAUUGGAAAAUAAAUUAUUAUGUAAGAAAUAAUUAAACCCAU